GUUGACUUACACCAGAUUUCACUCGAACUCACUUAAGAUCCUCAAUCCAAGGAAGAAACUACGAACUUUCGAAAUGCAAAAAUCUAAUUAAACAAUCAAUUUCAAUCGCGCUUUCUUCUUGUAAUGCGUUCGAAUCACGUUGAAACCUCUAAGAAACGUGUUUCCUGAGGAAUCAUUUCGCCAUUUUCUCUUUGGUUUCUGUGCAUACCGAUUCUCAAAUCUUGAAUAGAUUUAAAUCUCGAAAGCACUCUUCUUUCCAUGGAGGUCCAACCCGAAAUGGAGCCCACCUCGUCCUUUAGUUUAAUAGCAGCUGUUUCAUAUGGCAUUGCUUCAAUGGCAAUGGUCUUUAUCAACAAAGCUGUGAUCAUGCAGUAUCCACACUCCAUGACUGUUCUUACACUACAGCAAUUGGCUACUUCUUUGCUUAUACACUCUGGCAGAAGGAUGGGGUACACGAGAGCCAGAGGAAUUGAUUUGGCUACUGCGAAAAAGCUUCUCCCUGUUUCGAUCUUUUACAAUGCUAAUGUUGCAUUUGCUCUUGCAAGCUUGAAAGGAGUUAAUAUUCCAAUGUAUAUUGCUAUUAAGAGACUCACUCCACUUGCUGUUUUGAUUGCUGGGUAUCUCUUUGGUAAAGGCAAACCAACAACUCAGGUUGCUCUAUCUGUACUACUGACAGCUGCAGGAUGUGUAAUUGCAGCUCUUGGAGAUUUUUCUUUUGAUCUUUUCGGGUAUGGUUUGGCUUUAACAUCUGUCUUUUUCCAGACCAUGUACCUCGUGCUGGUGGAGAAGUCUGGUGCAGAAGACGGUCUUUCCUCGAUCGAGAUAAUGUUCUAUAACAGCUUCCUUUCCCUCCCAUUUUUGUCCUUCCUCAUCGUAGUUACUGGCGAAUUCCCAAACUCUAUAUCCCUACUACUUGCAAAGUGUUCUUAUUUGCCCUUCUUGGUGAUUCUCGUUCUUUCACUGGUUAUGGGCAUUGUCCUCAACUUCACCAUGUUUCUUUGCACCAUUGUUAACUCUGCUCUAACAACAACCAUCGUUGGUGUCCUCAAAGGCGUUGGUUCCACCACGUUCGGUUUUGUCCUCUUGGGUGGUGUUGAAGUACAUGCUCUGAACGUGUCUGGUUUGGUGGUCAACACAGCUGGUGGUGUGUGGUACUCGUAUGCCAAGUACCGGCAGAAAAGGGCUAAACCGGCUAAGACAUCGUCUGAUUUGGAAGCUCACAAAAAAUGAGGAUUUCUGGUCCGAUUCCGUUCUCACCAGAAAUAAGUUUAUAUUAAAUCAAAUAUAGAAAACCAUGGAUGUUACUUUAGAGAAUUGAUAGACUUGAAAAAAAAAAUUUACAUUCGGUUCAAUCUUAAUAUUCAUGAUUAAUGUCUGAUUAGAUUAGAAUCCGUACUUUGUGUGGGAUGAACAGUUUGUAUACAAAUUAUAUUUACGCACUAUUAUGUAUUUUACAGUUGUUAUGUACUAUAAAAUA